AUGAGGCCCAACGCUCUCGCCCUCCUCGCCGGCGUCGCAGCCCUCGGCCGUGCGCAGUCUUCGGCCGUGCCCGAAGCUAAGAAGGAGGGUGCCGCCCUGAGCUCGGGGACGGUGCCGCCCCUGCUGGAACUCACCCCCUCCACUUGGGAAGAGGAGUCUAAGCGAUCGAGGUGGCUCCUCAUCAAGCACUACAGCCCGUACUGCGACCACUGCAAAGCGUUCGCGCCGACCUAUCAGACGGCCUACGAAUUCUACCACACCUCGAAGCCGGCGGCGGACACGACCUUCUUCAAGUAUUACGAUUUCCGCUUCGCCAUGAUAAAUUGCGUGGCCUACUCGGACCUUUGCGGGAGCCACAACGUCACAUCCUUCCCGACGACGGUCCUGUACGAGAACGGCGAGAGCAUCGACCGCAUCCGCGGCGCCAAGGGCAUGAAGGAGCUCAGCGAGCUGAUCGAGCCUGCGCUGGAGAAGACAAAGCCCGGCUCGCGACCGAAGAACCUCGUCCUGCCCACGGCCGGUGCGACGUUUUCUGACGUGGCGAAGCCGGACGCUGCGAAGAAGCAGGACGUCAACCAGGAUGACGUCAAGGAAACAAAGGCGAAGACGGCGCCGGCCGAGCACAGCACGAGCGGCGCCUCGGUCGCCCUGACGGCCGAGAGCUUCCAGAAGCUCGUGACCAUGAGCAAGGACCCGUGGUUCAUCAAGUUCUACGCGCCCUGGUGCCAUCACUGCCAGGCCUUGGCGCCCACGUGGGAGCAGAUGGCCAAGUCGAUGCGCGGCAAGCUCAACGUCGGCGAGGUCAACUGCGACAAGGAGACGCGCCUGUGCAAGGACGUCGGCGCACGCGCCUUCCCCACCAUCCUCUUCUUCAAGGGAGCCGAGCGGGCGGAAUACAACGGUCUCCGGGGCCUCGGCGACUUGGUGCAGUACGCCGAGAAGGCCGUCGACCUCGCCACCGGCGUGCCCGACGUCGACGCCGAAUCCUUCAAGGCGCUCGAGGAGAAGGAGGACGUCAUCUUUGUCUACUUUUACGACCACGCCACCACGAGCGAGGACUUCCGAGCGCUCGAACGGAUCCCCCUCGGCCUCGUCGGCCACGCCAAGCUCGUCAAGACCAAGGACCCCAAGAUGAACGAGCGCUUCAAGAUCACCACCUGGCCCCGGCUUUUGGUCUCGCGGGAGGGCCGGCCGACGUACUUUGCGCCGCUGCCGCCGAACGAGAUGAGGGACGUCAACGGCGUCCUCGACUGGAUGAGGUCCGUCUGGCUGCCGCUGGUGCCCGAGCUGACGCCGUCGAACGCGCGGCAGAUCAUGGACGGCAAGCUCGUCGUCCUCGGCGUCCUCAACCGCCGGGACCAGGACGCGUUCCAGAGCUCGCUCCGCGAGAUCAAGAGCGCCGCCAACGAGUGGAUGGACCGCCAGGUGCAGGAGUUUCAGCUCGAGCGGAAGAAGCUCCGAGACUCGAAGCAGAUGCGGAUCGAGGAGGCCGAGGACCGCGACGACCAGCGAGCGCUGCGGGCCGCCAAGGCGAUUCGCAUCGACAUGGACAGCACGAGCCGCAAGGAGGUGACGUUUGCCUGGGUCGACGGCGAGUACUGGCAGCGCUGGAUCCGCUCCACAUAUGGUGUCGACGUCAAGGACGGCGAGCGAAUCAUCAUCAACGACGAAGAUAAGCGGAGGUACUGGGACAACACGGUGACGGGCAACUACAUCCUCGUCAGUCGCACGUCCAUCAUGGAGACGCUCGACAAGGUGGUCCACAGCUCGCACAUGAUCAAGUACAAGCUCACCGUCUCUGCCUUUGAGAAGGUUUUACUCGACAUCCGCGCCACCUUCGUGGAGCGGCCCUUCUUAUCGAUCGGCUGCGUUGCCGGCAUCGGCUUCGGCCUCUUCUCCUGGCUGCGCGGGCGUAGCCGCCGACGCGGGGGGCACUUUCGACUCGACGACGGCAUGGGCAUCAAGGAGCUCAAGGACGGCCUGCUGGGAGCGAACGGGAACCAGAAGUCUGAUUGA